AUGUUAUCAUCAAUACCAAAACCACCUUCAAUACUUGAAUCAGCAUCUGGUGAAGUAAAUCGCAUUAGAAGAUUAAUUGAGUUUUUACGUUCACAAAUUGCUAGCGGUAGAGAAAAUCCACCAGAUAAUCCUAAAGCCCCACUACCAAAACCUCCUUUAUUAGUUGAAGAAGUAUUAGAAAAACAAAGAGAAGUUUGGAUUAGAAUUUUUGAACAUCUUAAAAUUACAACACUAGAUCCAAAUAAUAAAGAUGUAAAAUCGGGAGCAUUGUUUGAAGCAAUGGAAAAAGUAGCAAAGAAAAUUAGUGAAGUUGACAGAACAGGCAAUAUAAAAAAAUCAGAUAAGCAAGAAACAUCAACAUAUUCUUUUUUAGAAAAUAAUAAUAUAAAAGAACAAGAAUUUAAAAAAAAAAUUAAAUAUGAAUAUAAUUUUUAA